CCCCCCGGGCCCGCCCGAGCGCGCCCGGCCCUCAGCCCGCAUCCCCUCCGCGCGGCAUCCCUUCAGGUCCCGUCCCGGUCUCGCUGUCCGGGCUGUUAGUGUUGCCCUCCGUCACCGCCGAUCCCGCGGACAUGUCCUUCCCGCAGCUGGGCUACCCGCAGUACCUAAGCGCCACGGGCCCAGGCGCCUACGGCGGAGAGCGCCCCGGGGUGCUGGCUGCGGCCGCGGCUGCUGCGGCCGCCGCCUCGUCGGGCCGGCCGGGGACUGCGGAGCUGGGAGCAGGCGCGGGAGCGGCCGCAGUUACCUCGGUGCUGGGCAUGUACGCCGCGGCGGGACCGUACGCGGGCGCACCCAACUACAGCGCCUUCCUGCCCUAUGCCGCCGACCUCAGCCUCUUCUCGCAGAUGGGCUCUCAGUAUGAACUCAAGGACAACCCAGGGGUGCACCCAGCCACCUUCGCAGCCCACACGACGCCUGCUUAUUAUCCCUAUGGCCAGUUCCAAUACGGAGAUCCUGGGCGGCCCAAGAACGCCACGCGCGAGAGCACCAGCACGCUGAAAGCCUGGCUCAACGAGCACCGCAAGAACCCGUACCCCACCAAGGGCGAGAAGAUCAUGCUGGCCAUCAUCACCAAGAUGACCCUCACGCAGGUCUCCACCUGGUUCGCCAACGCGCGACGCCGCCUCAAGAAGGAGAACAAGGUGACAUGGGGGGCGCGCAGCAAGGACCAGGAAGACGGCGCCCUCUUUGGCAGCGACACGGAGGGCGACCCGGAGAAGGCCGAGGACGACGAGGAGAUCGACCUGGAGAGCAUUGACAUCGACCAGAUCGACGAGCGUGAUGGUGACCAGAGCAACGAAGACGAGGAGGACAAGGCUGAAGUUCCUAGGGCGCGCGCAGCCCCUCCCGCCCUAGCUCGGGACCAGGGCUCGCCGCUGUCGGCCGCCGAGGCACUCAAGUCCCAGGAUUCGCCCUUGGGCCUGGCUAAGGAGGUUUCAGAGCCCGGCAGCACGCGCCUGCUGAGUCCUGGCGCCACGGCGGUCGGCCUGCAGGGCGCGCCGAACAGCAAGCCCAAGAUCUGGUCGCUGGCUGAGACAGCCACUAGCCCCGACGGCGUGCCUAAGGCGUCUCCACCGCCACCCUCCAGCCACCCCAGCGCGCACGGGCCUCCCAGCGGCGCGCCCCUGCAACACCCGGCUUUUCUGCCCAGCCACGGACUGUACACCUGCCACAUAGGCAAGUUUUCCAACUGGACCAACGGCGCGUUCCUCGCACAGGGCUCGCUGCUGAACAUGCGCUCUUUCCUGGGCGUUGGCGCGCCCCAUGCCGCACCCCACGGCCCACACCUGCCUGCACCACCACCUCCACAGCCGCCUGUCCAGGUUGCCUCCGGGGUGCUCCACGGUGACAAGGCCUCCGCGCGAAGCAGUCCUGCACUUCCAGAGAGAGACCUAGUCCCCAGGUCGGAUUCGCCCCCACAGCAGUUAAAGUCGUCCUUCCAGCCCGUACGCGACAACUCGCUGGCACCGCAGGAGGGAACGCCUCGGAUCCUCGCAGCCCUCCCGUCUGCCUGAUUAAGGGUCGUCUUUUACUUUUGCGGGGGA